AUGGGUUCAUACUGGAUAGGCGCUGUUGUUAAUAGUGUGAUGGCCUGGUUUACAGUUUACUUGGCUCUCAUUUCAGUUGUGGCACUGUCAAUCACUCUAAUGGCUCUCAAACAGACCUUGUCUGGCUAUUCUCUUGACGACUGGCGAGACGGAGAGCUCUCCAACUUCUGUAAUUGGACGGGUGUCGCUUGUGACCCUUCCAACCAGAGCGUAAUCGCUCUCAAUCUCCAAAACAAGGCCAUCUUUGGCUCAUUACCACUUAACUUCCCCACCUUUACCCAUCUCACUACACCCAAUCUUUCCUCUAAUUCUAUAACCGGUCCAAUUCCAUUCUCUGCCUUUGCCUCUUGUUCUGCUCUAGCUUUUCUUUCUCUCGACCACAACAAUCUCACAGGAACACUUCCCUUAUCUCUUUCCAAUUGUACCGCGCUUAAAAUCCUUGACCUGUCUGUUAACGAGCUUACUGGUCCCGUCCCUUCCAGCCUUUCUAAGUUAUCCAACCUGCAGCAGCUCAACCUCCGUGAGAACAACUUUACAAGCCCAAUUCCUCAAUCUCUGUCAAACUGUACCAAUCUGGUAUUGUUGGAUUUAUGUUUUAACUAUGCAAUCAACGGAACCAUAUCCACAGGUCUCGGCCUUCUCACCAGACUGCAAAAUCUGUGUCUAUCCGGUAACCAUCUCACCGGUCUGUUAUCCGCGACCGUUAUCUCCAAUCUAACUCAACUCCGGAUAGUGAAAGUGGGCCACAACGGUAUGAGCGGAGCGAUUCCUUCAUGGCUCGGCCAAAUGCCCUUCCUGGAACAGAUGUGGAUGGGAGGGAGUCGAUACGAAGGGAGCAUUCCUCCUUCUAUCGGGAACAUAUCAUCUCUCACCCUUUUAGCCACCUACGGGAAUUCACUCACUGGUAAUAUUCCCAAAUCACUCGGCCAACUCUCCCGCCUGACUGCACUGAGCAUCUCACGUAAUUUUCUGACAGGCUCUCUUCCGCCAGAGCUGGGGAAUCUUACAGAUCUACAACUUGAACGAGUGUCUGUAAAUUCAUUAAGCGGGAGUAUUCCGAUCGACUUUGGCCGACUAAAAUCCCUUCAACAAUUUGAGGCGUGGAACAAUAAUUUCAGCGGAAGGAUCCCAGCAGAGUUGAGCAAUUGUUCGGCGUUGGGGCUUCUGAGACUGCAGGGCAAUCAGCUAAGCGGGGCCAUACCUCCACAGCUGGGUCGCUUAAGCUUCCUAGCGGAACUACGUUUGGAGCAAAAUCAAUUGUCGGGAACGAUUCCCGAAUCCCUUUCAAACUGUACCAAUCUUCAGGAGCUGUCCCUCGGCUACAAUCUGCUACAAGGUACCAUUCCACCAUCUAUUGCAAGCCUGCGAAACAUAGUUCGUUCAUUUUCAAUGCCCCAUAAUCAACUUAAGGGAAAAAUUCCAGCAGAAAUAGAAGGCAUGAUAUCUGUUACUGUAAUAGACCUGGCUGGCAAUUAUUUAGGCGGUGAAAUUCCAGAGAGCCUUGGAAAUUGCGUGCAGCUGCUGCAACUGAACUCUCAAGCAAUCAAUUUAGUGGUCAAAUUCCACAAACUUUGGGCACGCUUAUUACUCUGA